AUGCUCUCCCUGGGACUAGACGACCAAACUGAUAUCGGAAUUGCAGUGGGACUUGCCGGCACAUUUCGUUUAUUAGGUGGCGCCAUCGCUACAGCAAUCUACACUGCUAUCAUGACGAAUCGCUUUAAUGAGGUUAUUGUCGGGCGAAUUGGUCAAGUUGCUGAUAAUUAUGGUGUUGAUAGUGUUGCACUUCUGGCUGCGGCAAAGGUCAACACAGCAGCAGCAUACGCUCGCGUGCCUGGUAUCAGUGAUGCCGUGAAGGCAGCUGCCGCUUUAGCUGUUAAGUUAUCAUACGUGUCGGCUUUCAAACUAGUGUACCUAGUUGCCAUCGCUUUUGGAGGGCUCUCUAUUAUUGCCGCUUUCUGUACGAUCAGCACGGAUACGAGCCUCAAGAAUGAUAGCCGUGCCGUCCAUUUGAAGAAUGAGGUAGAUAUCAUCGAUGAGAAGACAGUAGACUAA